AUGAAGCUUCUACUGCUAGCCGUCCUUGGUGUGAGCUUUGCCGUGCUGGCGGUGCAAGCUGAAACUUCCCAACCUCCGUCGAAGACAUCCCACAAACGAGCCGUCCUAGGAGGCAUUGGAGGAUACGGAGGAGGCUAUGGAUUAGGAUCGUACGGACUCGGCGUAGGCGGCUAUGGAUUGGGAUUGGGUGGCGUAAGCGGCUACGGACUGGGCUUAGGUGGUGUUGCAUCAGGUAUCGGAUCCGCGAUUGCUGCUCCGGCCAUUGCCGGUCCUGCUUACGCUCCGGCAUUCGCGGCGCCGGCCAUUGCCGCCCCAGCCCUGGCAGCUCCGUCCAUCUCGAUCGCCCCCGCCAUCACCCGGAACAUUCACACCCAGUCGACGAUCACCCAGCCCGUCCCGGUCCCUGUGCCAACGCCGGUAGCCGUUCCCGUAACCCGCCACGUGGCUGUUCCAGUUCAGGUUCCGGUUCCGGUGCACAUUCCGCGGCCGUACCCCGUGCACGUGCACGUGCCCGUUGACCGACCCGUGCCGGUUCCGGUGCCGCAGCCGUACCCCGUGACCGUCACCCGACACGUUCCCGUGGCCGUCCCCCAUCCGGUGCCCGUUCCGCAGCCCGUGCCAGUGCCCCAGCCCGUGCCGGUUCCGCAGCCCUACCCGGUGCCACAACCCAUAGCGGUCCCAGUGCACGCGCCAGCCCCGGCUCCGAUUGCCAUCGCCGCUCCGACCAUUUCGGCGGCACCAGUUUACGGACCCUCGCUCGGUCCCAUCGUCGGCGGAGGUGGCCUCAUCGGGGGUGGACUCAUUUCCGGGGGCGUUUUGUCACCCGGUUAUGGCGGAUAUGGCGGGUACGGACUGGGAUCAUACCUCGGGGGAGGUUCGAUCUAUGGUGGUGGACCCAUCAUCAGCGGGGGAGGUCCCAUCAUCCACGGUCAUCACGGUGGCCACAUUGGGCUCACCAUCAAGAAGCACUUUGGAUGAGUCGUCAGCUGAGGCUCAGUUAGCGUUACAGAUAGAGUAGUACACAAACAUAUGUUACCAAAUAGUCACUUAAUCAUUAGACUCUAAUUACAAGACUUGUUAUGUCACGAGACAGAAAUGGAGAUUUCCCCGUUUUAAGGAAAAGAAGUGUAACGGCAAAACCCGGCAGAUUGCUAACGAGACCAAUCGUGGAGAGCGCCAAGUGAUAACCAAUGCACACUCUAAAUUGAAUGUGAUCGAGAAAAAGCUUAGAAGAAAGUCAGCCAAACCACGUGAUAGCGCAUUAAAUUUUAGAGUGUAGUGCGUGCCCAUCAGUCACAAUAAGAGUGUAAAGGCGCAAGAGAGAAAAGUUAACGCAGCUAAAAACGGAGGAAAUUGCGAAUGAAAUAAAGCAA